AGGCCGAGCUAGUAGCUCCUGCCAGCCAGCUUGCCUCUCGCCCCGGUGUUUGGGUGCCGGCCAUCUUGGCUUCUGCCACACCCGCGACAGGAAGCGCAGCAGCCGUAGCAGAAGCAGGGACAGGAAAGGAAGUGGUAAGGAAUAGGGAUUGGUCAGAUUGCCGUUUUCCGUGAGUCGUAGCAGCAGGAAACAGUAGCGCAGUGAACAGUGAGUCCGUGUCGAAUCGGUGCCGCGUGGGAUUUUGCCAAUGUCAUCCCAGCCCACAGAUCAUCAUCGGAUAACCGCCGCCGCCGGUUAAGUCGGCCGGUCUAGAGAUUAUAGCUUAGUGAUCAUAGGUCAGCCGCUUUGAUCGGUCGCUUCGGAUGCGCGCUGCUGCACGUAACGCGGCGAUUCAGAGAGAAUCAGUGGCUGUGUUAGGACGAGCAAGCGAACGAGACCGUUUAAUUAGCGAGGCUGAAUAGCUAACGGUGCUGGAUUCACUGUUGCUUAGAGAUGCGUGCUUGAUUUAGGCAAAACCUCCCAUACUGAGGAGUUGCUCGUGGACUGGGAGCCGGAAAGAAGACUGGCCGGCCGGAUUGUGUUGAAACCAAGUUGAACCGACGACAAGCAUCUGGGGACAAGUCUGUAUCCGCUGUAGAAACGCACAAAGGGAAAACACGCGUGCGACGAAGAAAACUUUGGAAGUGCGGAUCGUCGUAGUGCGUUGAAUGCUUCGACGCUAAUAUCUUCGCCGUCACUGUUACAGCGACCCCCGCUGAUUAGCAGCAUCUGCUGAUACAACUCUACUAAGUGUUUGACGUGGUAGCGGAGGUACAACGGAGGAGAGUGGGUUCUACUGCAGCAGCUGUGGCUGUGCUGCUAAGAGAUGAGACUGCAGGCCAAAAACGUAGAGAUGCACAGACCAGGAUUCGGCUUCAUCGUUCUCCUAGUUCUGCUGGGACCAGCCCUCGCUGCCGUCAAGAUCGGCGGGAUCAUCGCAGCGGGCCAACCUCGGACAAAGGAGCUCCUGGAAGAAAUACUCAAGGAGCGAUCGUCCGGUCUACCAACAAAAAACAGAAUGCAUCCAGAGCUGGCGUAUGUUGAGCCAAAUGCAACCUUCGGCAUUAGCAAUACUGCCUGCGCCCAAGUUGGGCAAGGAGUGUCGAGUAUUGUGUCGCCUUGCACUGGUAUAGUGCACGCAACCUUGCAAAGCCUUGCAAGCCGAUUAGCCAUACCUUAUAUCAAUACAGCGCCCGAUCUCGUCGAUACGACAUUCAACACAAAACAACUCGGUGAAUCGGAGAAGAGCAUCACGAUCGUUAUGGCUCCGUCUACGGCGAAGGCAACAGCAGAUCUCAUUCGGAAGAACCAGUGGAAAGAUAUCUACUUCAUUUACGACAAGCCCGAGGGUCUUGAGGAGCUGGAAUUAAUCCUAUCGCACCUGCUCGAAGAGGAUGAGGUCCAGGUAAAAGGUAUUCAUCAGGUGACGUCGAAUACAUCCGCAAUGACGUAUUUGCAGGAGAAGGAGAACGCAGCGUGGGACGUAGAAAAACACAUUAUUUUGGCGAUCGAUGUCAAGAUGGCGAAACGCAUCAUACAACAUUCAUACAGCAAAAGGCGGGCGUACUACCAUUUCGUCGUACCGAGAUUCACGGUCCGCCAUUUCUGGUCGGAAGUUCGUGCGUUCGAUCAGUCGACGGUAGCAACGUUUCAAAUUGUCGAGGAAACCGAGUUCAAGACAAUGAAGGGAAUGCGUGCUGGUGUAUCAACACCGAAAAACUCUGAAGAUGAACACAUUCACCGGAUCACAUACUCAGGCGACUCGAAGGAUCCGACCACAACAGCGGAAGCCUCCCCUGUUUCCUUCUCACAGGAACAGUUGCUGCAGCGCAGCGAUGCUGAACACCUGUUCGUUGAGUUAUCAGAGCCAGCAGACGUGUUGGAGGAAGAAGAAGCUCUCCUGAUGGAUGCCGGGCAACUUCUCUCCGACACAAUGGUGGCAUUGAGCGGUAAGCAACCACUAGCGGCUGAGGAUAUAUUUAAGGAACUGUCCCAGAUAACAGCGGCGGUGACCUGCUACCGAUCUCCGCUGGAAGAAUAUCCCCAGGGACAAACUAUCGCUGAUGUAAUGCGAAAGAUACAUUUCAAAGGAAGUACAGGACAAGUACGUUUUAACGACCAUGGCCGACGCACCGGAUAUACCCUUGAUGUCUUAGAACUGACUUCAGACGCUGACAUGGAGAGGGUGGGCAAAUGGAAUGAACAGGAGGGUCUGGCGUUUUCGAAUGAACAUGAACGGAAUUCGAAGAGAGCUCGGAUUAAACAGGAACUCUCCAAAAGUAUCAUCAUCUCUACCAUAAUUGAAAGGCCGUUUUUGUUCUUCAAAAACACCAAUGAGACCAAUCCACACAUCGACAACGUUGACGGCUAUAUCAAGGACCUCAUUGUACGCCUCAUGAAAGACAUACCCGGACGGCCUCAGUUUAAUAUUCACUUCGUUAAGGAUGGAAAAUUUGGUUACAAAGAUAGUCAGCAGGCGUCUGGUUGGAACGGAUUCAUUGGUGAAAUUUUACGCAAAGACGCCCACAUGGCCAUUGCGCCACUAAUGAUUACUUCGGAACGAAGUAAGGUGGUGCACUUCAGCCAACCGUUCAUGGCUACAGCUAUUGGUGCUGUUGCCCGUAACGACGCUGAUGACCUACUCAACAUUCGGACCCCGUUCACGUUUCUUCGGCCACUCGAUUGGAAGAUCUGGCUGCUGUUUCUUGGCGCCUACGGAACAGUGGCUAUAGUGUUACUAUUGAUCAAUCUGAUAAACUUGGCCGUCGCCACACCACCUGUCGACCCGCCAACGCCGUGUCGUCAUUUUUACAAUUCGCUUUGGUACGCUUUUGGCAUGUUCAUGUCGGAAGAGUGCAACAACUGCCGUCCAAAAUCGUUAGGUUCGCGUGUAAUCGCGUGUUCGUGGUGGUUUUUUAUUCUCUGCGUGCUUUCCAUCUAUACGGCACAGUUAUGGAUCAACGACCCAUUUGCCCCGACCGGAGAAAAGCUGCCUCGUUGCCUAAAGGAAUUGCUCUAUCAGGAUCGCAUCGAAUACGGUCUCAUUAGAGGCUCAGCUACUGAAGACUUUUUCCAGAAUACAGAUGACAGUGAGUACAAGGCGAUGUACAGGCGGAUACUCUCCUUCAACGACAGCGUCAUUGAGAGCUACCCCAAGGCCAUAGAUCGGGUUCGCAACAACUCGAAGUUCAUCGUAUUUGCGGAUAGUAACUUCAUUCGUUACACGUCAGCGCACACCCCAUGCGAUACCAUCCAGGUAGGAACGGAUUUGAGGCGGGGUCAGUACGCUGUAGCGAUGUCAAAACAUUUCGCUUUGAGCAAGAAGAUCGAUGAUAUCAUCUCUUCAUUGAGAGAUGAAGGCUUUCUAGCAGAGCUUGAAGAUCGAUGGUUUGGAGCCCACGCGCUCGAUUGUCCCGCUGACAAUCUUGUUAUCGCUCCCAGCCUAGCCUACGGUGGUGAGAAACCACUGGACAUAAUGAAACCACUGGAAGUUCGGCGUGUACUAGGCUGGUUUAUAGUGUUAGGCUUAGGCUUAAUCAUAGCACUCUUCAUCACCAUCUGCGAGGUUUAUUGUAAGAAGCCUAAAAAACAACGAACGCCUGAAGAGAUCGUCGAGCGACAGACCGCUCGCGAAGCCAAAAAAAGUAGAAGCAAGGGCAAAAAAGACAAGGCGGAAGAGGUCGAAACCCAGCAGCUGACCGCACAUGAAGCUCCAAUAGGCAAUUCGCAGAUGGACGAUGCUACCCGCAUGGGUGUGGGUAUUGCAAAUGCUGCAGAUGACGCUACGUUGAAGAAGGGAGGUUGUUUACCGCGAGAGAUGAAGAUUGACGAGGAGUACCUCGACGGAGAUGACGGUGGCUUUCGGAGGAGCGAACUCCCGCCGAUCGCUGAUGUUGAGCCUUUCACCGACACGGAUUCCAGAGAUGCUAUCCAGUCGCCGGUGUCUGGCCAAUCGACGAUCAAAAUGCAUUCAGGAAACACUACAGAAGCAGUUAAUGCAGGAUUGAUAGGAAUCAAACCAUCGAGUCAGAGUCCACCUACUUUGAUUUUGAAGAGCCCACAGCAGCCGUGUCAGCCGAUCCAACCAAUUUUGACACAGUCCCAACCGAAAAUGCCGAUCACCACCCAAAUUCAACCGACCUUCCAGACUCAACCGCUUACGACGAAAUCGACUAUUCCGCAGAUGUCGAAGGCCCCGCAAGUGGCCCAGAUGGGCAGGUCUAUGUCACAACCCGUGGCUAGCCUGCCUCCGCUGAGCCAGCGGGUGCCACCUGUACAACUGCCACCUACGAUGGCUCCAAUAAAGAACACAGCCCCAGCUCAAGCGACGCCAACUUCCGCACCUCGCACACCUUCGCCCGCACCAGCAGGACCGCCUAUUCCUAAGUCAACAUUGCCCAGCAUGAGCCCUGUAGGGCCAAUGAGUCCCCUUUCACCUGCGUCGCCGGCAUCACCAGCCAGCCCUAACGCUUUGCCACCGUUAAGUGGAUUAAGUAAACUCGGUGGCGAUCCGCCCCCACCGGCUGUUGUCAACCAGGGCCCGCUAUCCCGAAUGGAACUUGAGGGUCAACCCGAGCUGAAGUCCAUCGAUCGCUCCCCGGCUGACACACCUGGUACGCCGCAUGACGACCUUGAAAGGAUCGACCCCAUUCUGGGCAAUCUUGGCAGCUUAGCCGGACUCCCGCCGCCUCCUGCAAACAUUCGGUCCACAAUCCAGAACCAAGAUUCGAUCGGCUAUGAAAGCUCCGAAGUGUAAAAUCACCAAGUGUUCGGUAUUCUAUAGACUUCAUGCUGACUAGGAUCUACGUAUACAAAUUUGUUCUUUUGUUUGCGAGGGGGCAUUUAUCUUGUCCCCCGUAACAGAUCAGUAGUCUUCAAAUCUUCUGAUCUUUGCGACGUGAACCUUCAAUAUCGAGUACACAUUUGUAACGGGCUGCUAGUGCACUCGGAUCGGCUGAUGGUCGGUAAUUCCCAUAUAUAGGUUCUUAGAAGACAGAUCAAUAGGGAAUUCAAUAACGAGUUGCCCCGUAACAUCGGUUGGCGUGAUAAACUGCAAUUCGUCGCUGACGUCAUUGUAUACCUAAGUUCAUUCAGUGUACGGUAUGAUACGUUUAAUAUUUAUAUACGAAGUUAAUUUACGAAUUGGUUAGCUGGUACGAUCGUGAAGUGUCGAUGUCUGUUAACGCCUACUCAGUAGACAUUUAAUGCUACCAUACGGAUUACACGAUAUUUGUAUUUCGGCUUAUUUAAAAGUCGAAGGUCGUAAUAGGCGAGUAUGCUCGUGGGCCCUUGCCUGAAAACAGCUGAUGGCAAUGGCCCAUGCUGAUGGUGAUCAAUAUGAAGCGUCAGAUUUAUCUUAUUAUUCAAGUUAUUAUAAGACAAAAAUCUUACGAAGAUCGUUUCCUAACAAGCAUCACAAGUAAGUAUACGAACAACAUAAGCUUAGCUAGCAGUAGAGUUUAAGUAUAAAGUCCCGAGGAUGAUAAAAUAGUGACGGGCUUUAUGAAGAUAGGUAUGCGUAAAGUGUCUCAACGAUGACAUGUGUAGCAACUACCAUGCAUAUAAUUAAUUAUUGUUGCGUCUUCUUGAAACAAGUAAGAGCAGCAAAAGGGAUAGAUUCUAAACAGGAAGUUGAAUAGACCCCGGUAUUAGUAGCAACUGCGGGCAAAAGAGCUAAUUCAAACGAGGGAUUUUUCUAUUGAUAUAUACAUAUAUAUCAAACAUUCAUCUAUAUAUUUAACAAUCGUUCACUUAUACAUACACGCAGACGGAAUCGAUAUUAUAAUAAAUGCAUAGUUUUGUUAAAAACGACUCCUAACAUCUCCCUCCAGUCUCCCCGAAGUUUUAAUCUGCACUUAUUUUUCUACGAAAGGAGGAGAAAAAGAUCGGGCCUAAUUUAACCUAGUAAAAACAAUACUCCAAUUGUCGGUAGGUUAAGCUGUCCCCUUGACUGUACGGUAUGCGUCUAUGCUGAGCAUAUGUCCCCCCUCUGGUUAUAUUAUCCAAAGGAUACUUAUGAUCUUAAGCAUUAACGUACGCAGUGACGAUAAGCAUGCCUCAAGCGUAUCUAUUCGUGAACUUUAAAUGAACGGUAACGAGACCAAAUAGAUUAUUUUAAUUGAUUAGGUAGUGUGACAGAAAGGCACACGGCUACAGGAUCUGACUGGCUACGGAAGUUAUUAUGUGACGUUAUGCACUUUUUUUUUUGAAAGGACAAUGGGCAUACGUUUUUAUGAUGCCCCGACACGAAAACAUAGCAGUCCUUCUAACAGCCUGUCGAUGGAAUACUUCCCUGCUUUCCCACAGCGGUAUCCUGCCUGCAAUAAUCAUUGAAGGAAUAAAAAAAAAUGGCUGAAUCGAGACACGAAUGCCGCGUACGAAGCAGUCUGGUAAAACUGGUUCGAAAAUCGCAUCAUUUGCAGAAUAAUAUAUAUACAACCUUCAUAUAUGCGUACACAAUGUUUCUAGAUAUCCGCCCAAGUGAUAUAUAUAUAUAUUAGACCAGAGAAUUCAGGUGUUAAAAAAUAGAUAAUUUUGCUCAAAUUUUCAUGCAGUACAAGCCGAACAAGGAAAACUAUUUCAUGAUAUCGUACCUAAUACAAUGACCACAGUGGCAAAAGAAAUUACGAGAUAUCGCACGAUCAACUUCAAGACACAAUAGAAGCCUGAUAGCAUACAAUUAGAAAUGCUACGUACUCGCAAUGAAUUUGGUAAACCAAUGAAAACGGUCGCAUAAUUUCUCUAGGGUUCUAUUGUUCCCUUUGUCCAGAAGCACUGUGUAGGGUAUCAGGAGCCAUUUGUAUGUCCUGUAAUGUAUCCGACUAGAUACAACCUAAUUGACAACAAACUCUGUCAAAAUCAGUUGUAGUGGAAAUAUCUUCUCGAAACAAAAAUGAGCUCAAUUCAUUUUUGUGGUUAUUUCAUGCAGAGGAGAGAUACGACCUUUUCUUUCAGUUUUGAAGGGCUGAGGUUGCUGUUCCAGUGGUGCUUUAGAGAUCAGAGUGAGCUUGUUCGCUGAAUAAUACGAACGCCGCGUAAGGAGCAGAUAAACAACAUAGGUUUAAAUAACCUCAUGUAUGUGUUACUUCACGUUUUGUAUUAUUGGCCACAAAGAUUGCACCUGAGAAAAGCAUGAAACAUGAUGAUACUUUGUUGUAUAUGACCUCUUUGAAUAUACAAGUGAAAGAAAAUUGGUCGCUUUCAACAAAAAUAUCCGUGAUGUAGCGAAAACUCCUUUUAUUGGACGGCCUGUCGCGCAGUUCUAAAGCUUUUUAUUGUACCCCCCGUCCCGCCGUCCCCCACGCGCACAAUAUGAGAUUUCCCGCCAUGAACGACGGGACUUACUUAGAAAACGACAUAGGAACUCCAAAAACGGCAACUGCUCUGAUUCUUGAAGUGACCCUGUCGUCUAUUGGGUCAUUAGACUAUGAUGAGAGCAACGCGGUGCGUUGUGGCGGAGGGUAUGACAUUAGCGGGUUCCUGUUGGCUAACAGCCAUCUAGCCAGAUACAAUCGUGCAUUUCGAAAUUUUCUUGCCUAAAUUACUGAUCAGGGCCUGUGUUAAGUCGGUUUCCUCAAUGACAAGCAUCUGUUUUGAUGUUCGUACGGCGUCAGCAAACGGAACAUGAAAGUGAAUACGUAAGCAUGCAUGGAUCUCGUGUCUGGCUUGGUGGUAUUCUUUAAUCCAACGGCGAUCUAUUGGACGAAACGUUCCUGGCAGUUGGUUGACCAAAUUAGGCGGAGCUGAUGUAUUACCAGGCUCUCGUCCGACGACUCACAAAACCUUAUUGUUAUAUUUAGCUAGCUAUUUCCUUUGUGUUCUAUAAGUGCGUUGCACUAAAUGUAUUAUAAAUACAUCGCAAGGUAACUAGCUUUUACACUGAUAGAUUUGUGCCAAACUAAUAGAAUAGUCUUAGAAGAUGUCGAUCAAUGUCUCAUUCGAGUCAGCUGUCAUUCUCUUGGAUCUAUGACUACUAAGAUGUACCUAACUCUAAUGAGCCUGUUUGUACGACUAACAUUUCUACCAGUGAAAACGUGUUUAUAUCUGUGAGUGCAAGAUGAGGACGCUUCCGUUAUUCACCCCAUAUAAACACCUAACCGAGUUAGAUUUAGGAAGCAUUUCAAUAAGCAGGGCACCUACAUUUUGUAUCCAUUCGAUCUCAAAGCAAAUUCGUUCGUUAAAUCUGAAGAAUUUUCUUAUGGAAAUCAAUUAGCGUUCAGAAGAUACGUUUUAUAUAAAAGAAUAGAUAUGACAUUUUUUCGGUGACUAUGAGCGAAUACCGAGCCUCGUCGGACGCGACGCCAAACUUACCACACUGCCAUAUUUUGUACUUACUUGCAUAUAUAUAUCUAUAUAUAUAUAUAUAUAUAUAUACACAUACCUCUAUGAUCUCGUAGAUAUUAUUGUACUUAAAAAGGAUACUACGAAUGAAAGACGAUGGAAUGAGUGUUUGCUGGAAUGGGUCGUUUAGAAGGCCAGAACUCGACCUAUGACUUACUGCGAGUAACACGAUGUACUAUGAAGUGAAAUGUAAAAUAUAAAUGAGAUAAUAUUGAGAAUGAUGAAUGCGUGAGUCUGUACAACCACAUUGUGCGACUGUUAUUUACUGUGCUUUGUUUACUGCUGCAGUAGCGAGGGCGUAACAACCGAGAUUGCCGAAUUAUGCACGCUGUCGUCACACCAUCGACAACAAACAAUACCACACUCGAAUCUUUAUAUGUUAUAUUCUAGCUCUUCUAAAUACCAAUAGAACCUUCGAUUCGGAAGGCCUGUAAACCUUCGACUAUAAAAGUUUAUAUCGUAAGUGUUCAAAUCGGAAACAGAUUACGAUCUAAAAUCCCACUUCUAGUACUAAGAUCAUCAGACAUCAUUUCUCGAUUAUGCUGACAAAUCAGAUAUUCUUUAGGGAAAAACCCUUCUGAUUGCACCUUGAUUGUUACAUCGAUUUCGCAUUGUCCCUCAUAUUGUCCUUAAGAAUGGGCGUAAUGAAGUAAUUAAAGCGAAGCAGGUGUUCAUGUUCGGCUCCGUCGGAGUGCGCGCCUCGAUAUGCCCAUCUCACUAGAGGUUAGUGGCCCUUCGCCCAAGGGGCGAUUCCCGAUGUAUAAUCUCGUAGUUCUGCGUAUAGCACACAUAAGUCUACCCAAAAUACAACCGAACUUGAGGUCCUUCUAGUUCUGAUUUUUCCGUGUAUAUAUCAUCCAGGAUUGAGCAAAUGCGCUGUAUCGGGUAUUCGUCCAUCACAUGCGAGUUCUGUGAACCUCGAUUCUGUUCGUCUACAGUCAGUUGCGACAGAUUUAAGUUGUAGGCGGUAGUUUAGCAUUGCAUACAUGAGGAGACGGAAAUUCUCGACGAGAAAUACUUUAUCGGAUCGAUCAGGCAGCAAAUUGCCAGGCUUUGGCGGUCGGAGGGACAGAUCUGAGUAAACGAUUCGUGGAGAUUUCGUGCAAGGCCUCGAAGCAAGUAAAGAUUAGGUUCGCCCCCGACAACCGUCAUCACGUGUAACGAGGCCCCCCUCACUGUUUGUUAUGCUCAUUGUUUUAUCAUCAAUAAUAACGAGUACAGUCGUUAUUACCAUUAUCACGAUCAAUGUCAUAAUAUCGAAUAACAGUAUUCUAUUCUACAGAUAUACUGAUUUCAUCCUAAUUAAGGUAGACUAUUAGUGGAAAAUGUAAUUAUAAUUACAUAUUAUAAUAUAUUAGCCACAAUGCCAUGCUAUCCCCCCUUCGGGAUGUGUGCAGCAGAUUCCUCCUGUUGUGUAUGCAAAAUUUACUUAAGCAAUAAAUUUGCGCCUGUUCAGGCCCAGUUUAAGUGCAAUGCUGGGGGUAAAUAUGUAGAAAUAUACACGACAUGGCAAAAGGCAAAAGAAUAAUCAACAAGAAUCAUACAUUCACCACUCAUUUGAAAUCGAUCAUCUACUACUUGUAUUGAGUCACAUAGUGAUUAGUAAACAUUUUUUGCAUUUUGACAAAUUUCUAGAGGAGCGCGUAUCGUUUGCCAAUUAGUUGAAACUAAGUGGGGUGAUCAUCGUUGAGGAAACCUGCUACAUAAUUCUGAGGGUUGUUAGCGCUGACUACACAACAACAGCAUGCACUUCAUACUCUACCCAAUAGGCGCCAUCAGUGGAGGCUACGUUUGAAACGGUUCACUUUCAGAAACGUCUUGUAUUGGGUCGCUGAAGCAAAAUCCACUUAUAAUGAGAACUUUAAGAGACCAGACAAUUUAUCCUAAGCUGUCCCUUUCACUUAUGUUCCUCCGCGCACAAAGUAUUAGCAAAAAUCUUUCUGGACGUGCUGCGUUUCUGAUCAUUUGACGCCUCUGCUUUUUGGUAAACUCUGUUCUCGGCGAGGUCCGCUUCAAGGCAAGAUCUAUGUUCAUCUUAACGGAUCGAUUGCCACGAGUGAGCGAGUAGGCAAACGCUUGUCAGUUGAUUAUCAAUAAUACCAUCGAAUAGAUAUACCUAAACUAUUUCUGAUCGUCAGGCACUUGAGGUAUCUGAAUUACUAAUAGAGAAAAGUAAAACGGGGGAGCAGAUUGAUUUGCCAUUGAGCGAGUGGCCGCUGCGAGUCCCACCGCUCAACGUUGCGUACGGCUUCUGCGAAGCACGUGUAUGUGAUAAGACCUUGCACCUUUGUUAGCCUCCGCGUAGCUUUUUUCUGUGAUCUGAAAAUGCACGUCCUCGUUUCCAGCCUAUGGUGAUCUCUAGGAAUGAGCACGUUGUCGGGUGAACGUGUGAUUUCCCAUCGCGAUUCCAUUUCGAUACCAAAAUUUCUAAGUGAGCAAUUCAGUCAUAAUACUUGUACCUAUUUUGUUAGAACCAGCUUUGAUAUUGGAAGACAUCUGCUAUCUAACGAGCUACUAAUGUGAAAGAGUUGAACAAUUCGUAUAUAAUAGAGAGAGAGCAUACGUUUUAUUGUGUUAAAAUUCCAACAAGAAAAAACCGACGAAACACACUGGCAGAGAAUCGGCCAUAUCGAUUGGUCCUGUUCUCGAAAAUGCUUCAAAUGAGCUUGAAAAGCCCAACGCAGUAACAAUGCAGAUUUGGCCCUGAAGGGCAAGUUCGUAGGACCUCGCUGGGAGUACAAACUAGGUAGCCGUGGAACCUUGCGGGCUCCUAAGGAGCCUCAGCUCAAACUGAGGUGUAGUAUAGCGAGCGAAGGUUUAGGUUCGAGGUUCGAUCGAUUCGAACCUCAGCCUAAUAACUUCAGAUAAAACUGUCGAUUGCAACAACAUGAAUAAUAAUAACAUAGCAACAAGCAACAUAUACUAUACACGAAAAAAAGUCGAUGACAAUUCACACACAAAAACACAGAUUGCUACAGAUGACAAAUGUCCUGAUUCCUGACCGAUAACUAUGAAUGAAUGAAAUAAUAAUACUGAUCAUUAGUAAUAUAUAAGCGAUCGCAUCAUGCCGAUCAUAUGAGGGAAAUUGCGGAAUAGCUAUAUUGAUGUCAUCGGCUGACGACACUAUAAUAAAAGAUAAUAUCAAUUAUAUUCUAUGCGAAUAUUAACCGUGCAUUUAAAUUGCGUAGAGCAGAGUUUUCAUAUUAGUUUCUACGUAGAAUGUAGACUGGUAAGUCCCUAAAAACGCCUCUCAGCGUCAAUGUUCUAAACGGACCCAGGGCUUGUCGAUGUAAUGGGCCUAGCUUGGACGUAUGCAUCGUGCGUUAGGUCAGCAUUUCAUAGGCUUUCUGAGACGAACUGUUACUUUUCCGUUAUUCGUACAUCAGUUUUAAAAAAAUCCUUAUCAAUCAACAUCACUAAGUAAGCACCGCAAACGCCCACGAGCAGAACGGUGCAAGCUGUGAGUAAGUUGCUAGAAUCGAGAAUUUCAGCUCAGUUACCUGAAAUCGUGUUUGAUAUUAGUAACACGUGAAGACUAACAGUUAACAAUAAUAAUACCACCAAUAUAUGUACAGGUUCCAGCAUGACUCGCGUAGGCCGUGGUAACAGAUAUAUUGAACCGCGGUAACGAUUCAAAAUUAUCAUUGAAAACACUAUUAUCGCUACAAACGUAGUAGAUUUAUGUCUCGUACGAUAGACGUAAUUUCCGUGGAUUCUUUUGUGCCACGUAUUGGGUCCGCAUCCGAUGGCCAACUUAUUUCAUUAAAGGUUAGCCCUGUGUAAACCGUUAAGAAAACGAUUCGUGUUGGCGGAUCGCAACAUGGAUAAUUUCUCAGCUUAAAUAAGAUGUAUACAGGUUAACCUAGGCAGGGAGUGGAGCACACUUUAAGCGUUACACUUGCUGGUGAACGACCGGCGUGUAGAUUCCAACGUUUGCAAAAAAAUUACCGAAACGACAUAAAAUUAGAGACUCCAGUAUCCUCAAGGAUUCAACGUGUCUAUCGCUUCACACAGAGUAAAUUAGCUUUCUAUAGAUAUUUUUCAUUUCAUUGCCUAAAAUCCGCUAAGUUGAUACCAAACGAUUUUCGACUCUAGCAGUUAAGACAUAAAUUACUAGAAUAAACAAAACUGUUUGCGGUAAUUGCGCAGAUAAUUGCGCUGUUUUUACGGUAUGUUUUUUUUUAGGUGGAAUCGUUCGUAGACCCUAUAACACAUACUAGCAUUACCACGUCUAUAAAAAUAAAGGGACAUAUACACACUUCAGUAUAAAGUCCUAUAUAUGUAUAGUGCACCUUAAGUAGAUAUCAUCAGCCGAAGUUAAGUAGUAGUUUAACGGAACUGCACAGUUCGUUAUGGGGGUGCACAAACAGCAUUGAAAGAGUGACUUGACCACCGUCUGCGGUGCAGGCAAUCUGGCGUUUUCUUCGUUCAAUUGCCGAAACUCAUUUUGCAUUGAUAAUAUUACUUUUGGCAGAUAGGUCCAAAGGACCAGGUACGAGGCCAUUGCUGUCAGCAAGCUUAAGAUUAGGUAGCCAUCGCUUAAAAGUACAUGUUUUUGUCACUGAGUCUGAAUUGGACGAAGCUGCCGGUGCUGUUUAGCUAUAAGUUUGUUCGUUCAGAAGCUUCAUAAAAAGUCAAAGAAAGUCGCGUACACGAAUUGGUAACAAAAACAUCCUGUUACAAUAUCCUAUAAAGGAGCGACCCACUUUUGUCAGGGCAAUAAGCUGCGACAUAUUAGCAUAUCAUUUCUCUACCUUAGCCUUUUGCCACUACUGUUUUGUGUAUGUGAUAAAUUGUUUACUUAUUUUUAACAUGCAUAUUUGAUGGUAAUGCAAGGGUAUACGGCCUCGUGUCGUAGUUUUCCUAAUUUUAGGUCAUUUAAUAUUUCUGCGACGUGGAGCUAAGCUAGCUGUGUCAGAAUUGUAGAAGCUCACAUGGGUUCGACGCAAUGCUCAGCUGGAUUUUAUACUAAAAUUUUUGUCGCCUAUGAAGCGUGCGCGACUUGCAACAAAAACGGCAGGCGCUGACUUUAAUCCUUUUUUAGCUUUCUUUUUUGCUGCUUAAACCCAUUUUACCACGGAUGUUCCUUCAUACUCAAUAUAUAUUCUAGGGCCAUAGGAUACCGCCUAGUUCGCCUAAACCAUACAUUGCAAAAACAUUGUGCUUUUCAUGCAUUACAUUCAUACGGGUAUAUUACACUCUUUCCUAGGGGGUACAUGAUCAUACUUAAGGGUCUCUCACAGAAAGUCGUCGACUAAUGUACUACUUAUCUGUCUCUAGAAACGUCGAACAACGAUGCUUGGCUCAUGACUAGUUCUCCAGCGCAAGCCUUGUAGUAGGCCCGAUGCUAUUUGCGUGUUGAGACAGAAUCGACGAUUACGCCAUUUACUGUGUGCCUGAAUUUACUAGCAACUGCCCUAGACUAAAUUGUACAUGGGAAUUUAAGAAAAAUUAUUUUUCAAACUGAAGGUGUAUCACGAUUCUGAAUCAGUUCAUAAGAAUUGAUUUAGAAUCGUGUGUCGCGUUAGCUAGAAAUAGUUUUCCCUUAAAUCUGUAGAGUGGUAAGUCUUGAAUAACAUAUUACGUUUUCAAAGUUGUGAUUUUUGUUGCUCCAUAGAGUUGAUCGCCGAAAGCCCCGUAACGAGGGUGCAGAAUCAAAUGUUAACAGCUGUUGGCCUAAAGUAAAGAACAUUAUUCGAUGGCCUUUGAUAGGUGCCGGUAUUCGCGCGACCCACAAAUACCGCCAACGCUCAUGCGGCUUAGCCAACGCAAAAAAUCAUCCUCAGUAACGUAGAACUGAAGUUACCGAGUUUGAUACCCUUAGAGUUGUCGUGCUACUAUUCAGCACUCUGCUUUAUUAAAGGGAAGUGAGUCGCGUUGAUAGAAGGCAUGAAUUUCCGUAACACAUAUUAUCUUCGCUAAUUGCAAAGCUUCUAGUGUUAGAUACUCGGCUGCGCACGAUCGUAUUCUGGCUUAUAUAGUUAGAGGGAGAAACCUUCCUUUUUCUACUGCCAUUAUGUAAGCAAUGGUUGAUUUUUAUCAGUUGUGCAUUGGUAGCAGCUAGUUAAGCAGUUGAGGGCCUGUCACCACGUUACAAGGGUAACUCAUCACAAGCAAGGUUGAACACGAAAGCCAUUAUUAAUAAAAGCCGUCUGUUUGCUGAGCAAAAAGUUCGAAAGCAGUCGGCCAAGCAAGCCCAAAGCCAUAGCAUCUUUGUACGCUGUGUGUAAGGCCAGUGAGUCUAUGACCUGACAAGGUCACCUUAAAAUGCGUUCAGGUUAUACUCUGUCCACCUGGUAUACACUGUGCUUGGUUCAGCCGAGCUUACAGGCGAGCGAGCCCGCCAGUGAUGUGAUAGGCGCCCCGUGAUCUUUUUUGUAACCCUUGCUGACGAAGACUUACCACUCAUGUUAUGGUUGUUCGCUCUGGUCUAGCAUGCUACACUCAGGUUAAAUUAUUUUCACAGAAUUUAAUCUGUUGAACUACUGUUUAGUUAGCUUAUGUUGUAUAUAUAGGACAGCAUAUUUUUCACAAGCACUGACGUGCAAUACUAGCGCCCGCUAUUCAAAAAUACAUACGAUCUCAGGUAUACUACGAUGAUACUUCAAACAGAGUUACCUCGUGCCUGAUCAACGGAUACAAAACCAAUAUUAACAUAUAAUAUUGCCGCUGCUAGACAAAUCAGACGCUGGUCAGUUGAAUCCUUUUAGCUUUAUCUAGCGCGACGUGAGCUUGUCUGCGGUUUAACAUUCGGCCGCCGCAGAUCAUUACAGCCAGUCAAUCGCAUGUAGCUGCCAGCUAAACUUUUAGGCCCAGUGAGCACGUCAGUUAGGCUAUAUAUUUAUAUAGCUCAUUUCUAGCAGUGAGCCCGCGCUAGCAUGCUGAAGACGCGCCGGUGAUACGAACCGUGAUCUGGAAGUUGCAAACGGCCCCAGCAAAGCGCCGCUUGCGCCUAUGAUGAUGGUGCCGAGAUAAUUCGGAGUCGACUUGCCUUCAGAUUCAGAGAUUCUGGCUGGCAAUAGAUGAUGUGGCCACUGGCGCGUAUAGAGAACAGGGUUUUGCUGAGUCGCACGGCUGGGUAGAGGUCACCGUUAGCUUUGCAUACCUUUGACAAGCAACACAUGAACCAAAGGCUUGCCGGCCACCUUUGCAUAACCGUUUGCAACACCGGUCUGCAUAUAUAUGCAUAUAGUCUCUUCAGGAGAAAGAGCCAAAUAAGUUUGAAAACGUAAAUCUAUCCAAUAUGAAAAUAGACAAUCCUUUUGAGGAGAUUGGUGACCGCAGACCAUUGACACCUACUUAACAUGAUUUAUCUAAUUAAUUAGAUACUUACGGCAGAAAUUGCUUUGGCUUCUAUUUUCAACGAUGCAUUUGUUCAUGCAAACGUAGCUACGUGUCGAUACGUAUUAACAGGUCUGAUCUAAGAGGACUUCUGAAAUAUACGAGUCCCAUUGAAGCUAAAACUUUUUCGGUGCAGAAAUACCCUUUCCAUAAACUAUACCGGUAAAAAGUGUUUCUCUCCGUAAAUAAUCUAACGAUCAGAAGGCCGAUUUUUAAUAGUGCAAGUGCAAGCAGUAUUUUAGCCGUUAUACAGUAAGAAUGAAGACGGCUCAUAGUAGUCCUCCGUUAGCCAUAAUUGUCUCUCAUAACACUCUACUCUUUUUUCGUAUGAACAUAAUAGGAUUCCCAGUGAAAAAGCUAAAUAGUACUGCAUUGUACAGGGACCGAUGGCGACCAGCUAGCACAACGUAUAAAGGCCUCCUUAAUAUAGAUAUCAGCGCCUCGGUAGCCGUCGGCGUGAACACUUCCAGUAUGCCUAGCUCUCUUGGCCAUUGUUUUCAUUCCCGAGCUACUUCUUUCAACGAAUCUUCUAGUAAGAGUUGUAUUUCAUUAUCGGUAUUACCGGCAUCUGUUAGCGGGUACAGUGCCAACAGGAUGCCGCGACAUUCAGUCGAUUUAAUUGUCUACAU